UGAAAUUCACUUGAAGCAGACUGCUGCAGGUAACGCAAAGCACUUUGUCCGAUUUCUGUUUCAUGGAUGAAAUCCGUAUGGGUCAUACAGAAAUUAAAAUCCCAUCUUCCCUCUUGGGUGACUUCUCCAUUCAAAACACAAAACCAUCAAGCUCCGUCUUCAAAAUCUUUAACUUUUGUCCUCAACCAUGUGGAUAUAAGCCUCCUCUUAUCUAUGUGUGGAAAGGAAGGUUACUUCCAUCUGGGCUCUUCUGUUCAUGCCUCCAUUAUAAAAAACUAUGAACUUUUGGACCCCCAGAACCAUUCCAAUUUCCGAAAUGCCCUUGUUAUUUGGAACUCUCUCCUUACCAUGUAUGCUAAAUGUGGGUCCUAUUGCGAUGCUGCUAAAUUGUUUGAUAAUUUGCCCAUGAGAGAUACUGUUUCAUGGAACGUAAUGAUUUCCGGGUUUUUAAGGAACAGGGACCUUGGUAUGGGUUUUGGAUUAUUUAAACAAAUGCGAGAAUCGGGUCUCUAUGAGUUGGAUCAAGCAACUUUUACCACUAUAUUAUCGGCAUGUGAUAGGCCUGAGCUUAGUUUUGCCACUAAAAUGAUCCAUUGUUUGGUGAUUUCAAAUGGUUUUGAGCAAAAAAUAACAGUAGGGAAUGCAUUGGUCACUUCAUAUUUCAAGUGUGGUUGUUGUAGUUUUGGGAGGCAGGUCUUUGAUGAGAUGCUGGAAAGGAAUGUUAUUACUUGGACAGCUAUCAUAUCAGGGCUUGUGCAAAAUGAAAUGCAUGAGGGUAGUUUGAGCUUAUUCGUGAAAAUGCGUCAUGGACCUGUGGAACCCAAUUUUUUGACAUACUUGAGUUCGUUGAUGGCAUGUUCCGGUUUGCAGGCACUAAGGGAAGGGCGUCAAAUUCAUGGACUUGUAUGGAAAUUAGGAAUUCAAUUGGAUUUGUGCAUUGAGAGUGCAUUAAUGGACAUGUAUUCAAAAUGUGGAAGUCUGGAAGAUGCAUGGCGGAUUUUUGAAUCUGCAAUAGAGUUUGAUGAAGUUUCUAUGACAGUAAUUCUUGUGGGUUUUGCACAGAAUGGAUUUGAGGAAGAAUGCAUACAAUUUUUUGUGAAAAUGGUGAAGGCAGGAGCUGAGGUUGAUCCAAACAUGGUUUCAGCUGUUCUUGGUGUUUUUGGUGUGGAUACUUCUUUGGGUCUUGGCAAGCAAUUUCAUUCAUUAGUUAUAAAACGAAACUUUGGUUCUAAUCCUUUCGUUGGUAAUGGGCUUAUUAACAUGUACUCCAAGUGUGGAGAGUUGCAGGAAUCGACCAAAGUCUUCAGUCGAAUGCCAUGGAGGAAUGCUGUUUCCUGGAACUCUAUGAUUGCUGCUUUUGCUCGCCAUGGGGAUGGCUUUAGAGCAUUGCGGCUGUAUGAAGAGAUGAGACAGGAAGGUGUAGAGCCCACAGAUAUUACUUUUCUCACAUUGCUUCAUGCUUGUAGCCAUGUAGGCUUAGUUGAUAAGGGCAUGGAAUUCUUAAAAUCCAUGAUUGAAGUUUACAGAAUUAGUCCUAGAGCAGAGCAUUAUGCAUGUGUUGUGGACAUGUUGGGCAGAGCAGGGCUUCUCAAUGAAGCUAGAACUUUCAUUGAGGGGUUGCCUAUUAAGCCAGAUGCGCUUAUUUGGCAAGCUUUGCUUGGUGCUUGUAGCAUUCAUGGAAAUUCUGAAGUGGGGAAAUAUGCAGCUGAGCAGUUGUUUUUAUUAGAACCCCAGAAUCCAGUUCCCUUCGUUUUGUUGGCAAAUAUAUACUCUAGUAAAGGACUAUGGAAAGAAAGAGCAAGGACUAUUAAGAGAAUGAAAGAAAUGGGGGUGGCAAAAGAAACAGGUAUAAGUUGGAUUGAGAUUGAAAAGAAGGUGCAUAGUUUCGUUGUUGAGGACAAAAUGCAUCCUCAAGCUGAUAACAUAUAUGGGGUUUUAGCACAUUUAUUUAGACUAAUGGUAGAUGAAGGUAAUGUACCAGAUAAAAGGUUUAUUCUCUAUUAUUUGGAUCAAGAUUUCGUUACUAAUCCCAACUGUCACAAUUCCAUCUCCAACUUCAAUUCAAGAAACCCACUUCUUUUUCCUUGGAGUUCAAAUUCCAAAUUCACGGUUCACUGUACGGAGAGAACCAGAGAUGAUACUCCUCUUUCCAGUUCUUCUGCUUACGCAGUGCUCGGCGUUCAACUGGGCUGCUCACCCGCCGAGCUUAAGGCCGCUUUCAGAGCCAAAGUGAAGCAGUUUCAUCCUGAUGUUAAUAGAGAUGGGGAUGAUUCUGAUACCAUGAUUCGCCGCGUAAUUCAAGCAUAUCAGAUGUUAUCCAACUGCAGCCGAUUAGAGAUCAUUGAAGGGGAAUGUUUAGAUCCCUUUGAUAAGCCAGAGUGUGAAGCAUUGGACAUCUUUGUUAAUGAAGUCCUUUGUGUUGGCAAAGGAUGUCCUUACUCAUGUGUACGAAGUGCUCCUCAUGCGUUUGCUUAUGAUUCUUCAACUGGAACUGCACGGGCGACAUCUCAAGGGCAUGGUGAAGAUUACCAAGUUCAGCUUGCUGUUGGUCAGUGCCCGAGAAGUUGUAUUCAUUACGUGACACCUUCACAGAGAAUCAUUCUAGAGGAGUUGCUUGACAGCAUUUUGAAUGCACCGUAUGACUGUUCAGCAGAGGCAGACUUGCUUUAUUCUCUUAUAGUUAAAGCUAAAUUCGAGAACAAUCGUUUCCAGAAGCCAAAGAAGAAACCAACGACUUCAACUCAGCAUGUGGAUUGGUUUACAUGAGUACUGCUGGUGCUUAUAGGACUCAUCUUCAGUCAUCAACAGUACCAUUUUACAGAUGCAGCAGAAUAGCAAGAAAGUAGAAGCAAAUUAUGGUUGUAGAUAUCAAGGGAAUGAAGACUUUGAAUAAUAUUUCAUCAAAUGAGCUGAUGCUAGAAGAAGCAUGUAGCGGAUAGAGAAACAUACUGGCUUUGCUAGGUUCGAGAUCUGUGAUUCAAGAUUGAGCUCGGAAAAUUUUAUUCUGCUGAAGGCAUGUGUAGUCAAUGCUAUCUUCAUCUUUUUUCUUUUGUAAAAAAUGCUUCCAAUGAAGAUUCUUAAUACAAACGGGUUUCUUUAUCAA